UUAUUGUUUACUUACAAUAUUUACAUUGCGGUGGAUAACGUGACUCAAAUCGAGCCGCCCAGUCCGUUGGAGGGGCGUCGGACGUUGGAGCAGGAAUGAGCUGCUCGUGCGAAUGGACGGAUAACAUGGACGACCAGCGGGACGUUCAAACUUCCAAACGAAACGGGAGCUGCAGGUCGUUAAUAUCGGCCGGUUCCGCGGUGGCUAUGGAGAUUAAAAGGAAGAAAAUACGACAGAGCACCUUAUUCCUUCAAACAGAGAAGAACACUAACAUUCAAGAAAAGCUGGACUUUGAGAUGCGAAUGCGAGAGGGCGCCUACAAGCUGCUCCUCGCUUGCAGUAAGAGAGACCAGGUUCUUAACGCCUCCAAGAACCUGCAGACCUGCAAUGCCAGGAUCAAGGCUUACUUCACCCAGCUGCAGAGGAAGAAAGAGGAGCAGGACAGGAUGGGCGCAGUCAGGAGAUACUCAGAUCCAGUUACAGAUGAUCGUGUACCCUGUAAUGGAACGAUUGCAAUGUCUGGGCUGCGUAUUCCUAUGCUGUGGAGGGAUUCGGAUCACUUUAACAACAGAGGGAGCUCUCGUCGGGUGGCGGUCUUCUGUCUGUUACAGAUUGGCUCAGAGGUGUUUGACACUGAGAUGGUGGUGGUGGACAGAUCAGUCACUGACAUCUGCUUUGAAGGAGUCACCGUCUUUAAAGAGGCAGAUCCUCAGUUUGAGCUGAAGGUGGAGCUGUGGAGCUGUGCCCUGGAGGAAGAGCUCACAUUGGUAAAAACACCAAAGAAACUGGCCAAGAAGCUCCGCAACUCCUUUGGAAAGACUGCCGGGAAGAAGCUCUGCCCUCUGCUGGACGUUCCAGACCCUGACACCUUCCUACAGCACAACCCAAUUCCCUCUGGAGCCAAGUACAGCCUGCUGGCCUACACCACACUGAGUCUGUCCGAAGCUGAAGGCAGCUUUCAGUCUCACUCACUCAUUGUCCUCCAAGAUGCUGAGUGGUCAUCUUGGCUUCCACUUUAUGGCAACCUCUGCUGCCGGUUGGUGGCCCAGCCUGUCUGUAUGACACAAAGCAUGAUGACUGGUUACCUGAGCCAGAAGCAAAGUGCGGAGGGGAUGUACCGCUGCUGCAGCCUUUACUGUGUUUUGAGUGCCGGCUUUUUGUCCUGUUACUUCACCCCAGAAGAAAUUGACGCUAAAGUGCAGCCCACUCUCAAAGUACCCAUUGACAAGGACACCCGCAUCCGUGUGAUGGAGAAGGAGUCGGCAGGCCAGAAAUCCAGGAGUCUGUCGAUCAUCAACCCUUCAUCAGAGGGAGCUCAGACCAUAGUCUUCACCACGGACACCAGGGAGGAGCUGGAAGACUGGCUCGAAGCCCUUUACCAGCACCUCUAUGAUCAGAGCCAGUGGCUGCACUGCUGCGACCAGUUAAUGAAGAUCGAGGUCGCAUCACCACGGAAACCAUCACUCUUUCUCACCAAGCAAGCUGACUCUGUUUACAACGACCUCAGUAUAAAUUCACCUGGCAAGUUUGAGAGCAUCACAGACAUUAUCCACAACAAGAUUGAGGAGACAGAUGGCCACUUUCUUAUUGGUCAUGACGAGGAGAAGGAGACGCCUAAUUGGUCCACUCUGUUUGAUGGAUCCCAGUCAUUGGUAGUGCAGAAGAGUAUCCUGUCACAGAGCAAAACCUCCACCCCUUGUUCAAGCCCAAACCACAACACCAGCUCUACAUCCAUCGGCAACAAGAAGCGGCGUGCCCCGCCUCCUCCCCCUGACAGGGAACCUUAUGCUCCUCCCACCCGCCCUGCUAGACCUCCCCUCCCUGCUUCUCUUCAUAAUAAUCCUCCUCCUCCUCCUCUCUCAUACCAGGAGAAGGAGAACUCCGGCACUUGCAUGUCGCGCCCGGCCACAAAAUCCAAAACUGGCAGACCAUCUUUGGAUGCCAAAUUUUCUGCCAUCAUCCAGCAGCUGCAGCGGAACAACACUGGAGGAGCCGGAGCCCUCAGCCGUAAAAACGCUCCACUGGGCGUCCUUGAUGUACAACCACAAAGUCAGCCUCUGCCCCCUCUCCAGCAGAUGGAGUACCAGGACCCUGAAGCAACAGGUGAACAUGGCUUUGUCAGACCCAGUCAUGGUCCUGGUCCAGUUCCUGCACCGAGGAGCAAACUGAGGAAGUCUUUCAGAGAGAGGAUGAACCUUAAAGCCUUGUGACCUUGAUUCUUCCAACAUCUGAAUGAUUUAACAAUCUAACUUUGCCUUACCACUAACACAAAUAACAUUUAGAUAGUAGAAGUUCUAGUUUGUCUCCAUUAAAGCCAGAUAUAUGAUAUGAUGAUAUUUUGGGUGUGACUGUUAAUUGUUUUAGGAAAUACGAUGCUUUCUUACUGAGAAUUGGAUGAGAAGAUCUACAGUAUGAAGCUGGAGCCAGGAGGUGUUUAGCUUAGUUUAGCAUAAAGAUUGAAAAAAAAGAGGGAAACAGCCAGACUGGCUUUGUCCAUAGAUAACAAAAUGCACCUACCAGCACUACUAAAGCUCAUCAAUUAACAAUUUAUAGUUCUUUUGUUUACUUUGUACAAAAAACAAAGUGUAAAAAUGAGGUGUAAGGUUUUUGUAUGGAUUAAAGAAUCAAAUAUAAUGUGUUAAUUAAUGAGCUUUAGAGGUGCUGCCAGGCAGAUUUAGUUACCUUUGGACUGAGCCAGACUAGUUGUUUCCCCUGCUUUCAGUCUUUAUGCUAAGCUAAGGCCAACCGUCUCUCAGCUCCGGCUUAAUAUUGAGUAGACAGAUGUGAGAGUGAUAUUGAUCUUCUUGUCUAACUCUCGGAAACAAAGCAAAUAAGUGUAUUUCCCAAGAUGUCGAAAUAUUGCUUUAACCUAAAGGAUUGAUGGGUGACGCGGCCUCCAUUAUUUAA